CAAAAGGAAAUCUCAUGAAUCAUUCAGGCACUUUACUCAAAAAAGAUAUUGACUCCGUUUUGAUUUUUAAGAAAUACAAAUACAACAACAAUAAGAACAUGCUUUCCACCAUUUGAUAAUUAGGUUGAGCUUGAAGCAUCAACUCCGUUUCAACACUGAACGAAUCGACCGAUCAUGAAUCUCACAAAUUCUCUUGUUAUCAAAUUCAAAUUCAGAGGUAAUUUUAUCACCACACCCUUCCUUCUUCACUCUAAUUUCUCCACGAAUCGAUCCAUGCUUCCUAAAAUCACCAACUUGAAUCAUGCACUCAACCUGUUCGAUGAAAUGUCACAGAGACGCCCUCUUCCAUCUGUUGUUCAGUUUAAUCAGUUGUUGCAUCUUGUUACCAAAAUGAAACAUUUUUCUUCUUCCCUUCAUCUUUUCAACCAAAUGUGUUCUCUUGGUGUCCCUGUUAAUGAAUAUUCUAUGAGCAUUGCAAUCAAGUGUUGCUGUCAGUUGAAUCACACCAAAGACGGUUUUGCACUCCUAGGAAGCUGCUUUAGGCGAGCUAUUCCACCUGAUGUUUACAUAUUUAGUGCACUCUUAGACGGACUCGUCAUUGAAGAUAAGAUUUUUGAAGCAGAGAUGUUAUUCAAGAAGCUCGUCAAGCAAAAACUUUGUGAACCUAAUGUUGUUAUGUAUAACACAAUGAUUAAAGGCCUUUGCAAGUUCGGUAAUAACGUUACAGCAGUUGCUUUGCUCAGGCUAAUGGAACAAAAAAAUUGUCAGCCUAGUAUUAUUACAUAUAGCACCAUCAUUGAUAGUCUUUGCAAGGAUAGACUGAUUGAUGAUGCUUUCAAGCUCUUUAAAGAGAUGGUAUUUGAAAAAAGAAUUUUACCAAAUGUCAUUACCUACACCUCUUUAAUUCGUGGCCUUUGUAACAUAGGUCGUUGGGAUGAGGCCUCAAACCUGCUAAAAGAAAUGGAGGAUGAGAACAUUUCUCCAAAUGUGCAGACCUUUAAUGUAUUAGUUGAUGCUUUUUGCAAGGAAGGUAAAGUAGAAGAAGCUGAGGCUGUUAUCAACAUCAUGAUUGAGAGAGAUAAGGCUCCAGACUUAGUGACAUAUAGCUCACUUAUUGAUGGUUACUGUCUGCGAGGUGAAAUGAUCAAAGCAAGGGAGAUUUUCGAUUCAAUGACACUUAGAGGUCUCGUUCCUAAUGUUGUUACUUACAGUAGUUUAUUGAAUGGGUAUUGCAAGAAUCGGAAUAUAGAAGAGGCGAUGCAAAUGUUUCGUCAAAUGACCAGACAAGGUUUAAAACCCAAUGUAGUCACUUACAACACCAUGUUACAAGGAUUGUUUCAGGUUGGGCAUUGUGUAGCUGCACGCAAACUCUUCGAUGAGAUGCAUGCACAAGGCCUAAUUCCAGACCAUUGCACGUAUCGAAUAGUUUUAGACGGUCUUUGCAACAACCAUCUAGUAGAAGAUGCGCUCUCUUUGUUUCAUUUGUUGGGUGAUGCAAAACUUAAUUAUGAUAUUUUUGUUUACAGUAUCCUCAUUGACGGGGCAGGAAAAUGUGGGAAGUUUCACAUUGCAAGGAAUCUUUUCCAUGAUUUAAUAGAUAAAGGCUUGCAACCUGAUGUUCGUACCUAUACGGUGAUGAUUAAUGCUUUUUGUCAGGAAGGUAUACUGCAUGAUGCAAAACACUUGUUUCUUAAAAUGGAAGAGUGUGGCUACCCACCAAACAAUGUUACUUAUUGUGUUCUUCUCCAAGGAUAUCUAAAGAACAAGCAUUGUGAUGAUGUGGAGAUGCUUUUACAGGAAAUGGGUGAUAGAGGUUACUCACUUGAUGCUUCAACUUUAUCGUUAUUUAUAGAUCAUAUCGCAGCUGGUUUACUAGAUAGAAGUAUGCUUAAGUUGUUAGGUAAGCUUGUGCCAAAAGAACUACUGAACGAUCCUAGGUUGUGCGAUUGGGAGUGAAACUGAGAUAGUAAUUGUGGGAUGAAAAAUGAAGAUUAUAACUUGCAAAAUGUUGAAAGCAGGACAUCUCCUUCAAAUUCCAUUCCAUUUGGUCUGCUUGUGUUUGGUCCUUAGACAUGUGGUCUUCAUGUGUUUGGUCAUUAGACAUUUUCAGUAUAACGAAUUCACAACGCUUACACAUUUGUGUUUUGUUGUAGUUAAUUGAUGUUUUUCUUGUUUCAGGAAUACCAGCUGUAACAUGUGCUUUUGCUUCUUGAGACAUGAUAUUUCACAUUUUAUCUACUUGAUAUUUCACAUUUUA